AUGCGUUACUCCAUCGCCUUCGCCGCCGCGGCUCUUGCCAGCUCCGUCUCCGCCCACGGCGUCAUCACACAGGUCCAGGGCGCCAACGGUGUCAACAUGCCCGGUCUCUCCAUCAUCGACGGUACGCCCCGUGACUCUGGUAACCCUCUCUCCGGCUCUGAGGCCGACACCUCCAUCAUCCGCGCCAAGGAGAUGGGCGGCAAGGCCUCCGCUCUGGGCCGCACCCAGGGUGGCGGUGCCAUUGACGCCGGUGCUGCUAUCGCCAAAUUCAUGGGUACCGCGGGUAAUGCUGCAGGUGCUGGCGCUGCCGGUCGCGCUGCCAACAGGCGAGGUCUUCUCGACGCCCUCACCGGUGGUAAGGCUGGCGCUGGAGGUGCUGCUGCUGCUGCUGGAACCAAGACCCCCAAGGGUACAAAGGAGACCGGUGUCGCUGCUGCAGCUGGACAGGGUGCCUCCUCGGGUCUCCCUACGACCGCCGACGAUGGUACUAUCACCAUGACAUUCCAUCAGGUCAACCAGGACGGUGCCGGCCCCCUGGCUGCUGCCAUCGAUGCCACCUCCGGCGGAACCGACCCCGCUGCUUUCCAGAAGGCCACCGUCACCCAGGACGUUCCCGGAAUUGGUAUCGGUGGUCUUUCCGCCGCUGCUGUCAUGGACUUCCCCGUCACGGUCCAAAUGCCCCAGGGUAUGACUUGCCAGGGUACCGCUGGUGGCGCCCAGAACGUCUGCAUUGUCCGCAUGCAGAACGCCGCUCUGGCCGGUCCCUUCGGUGGCUCCGCUGCCUUCACACAGUCAACCGCAGCCAAGAAGCGCGCCGUCGAAUACAACCUCCGCAAGCGCCACAUGGCCCGCGGCAUCCUCGGCAAGCCCGAGUAA